AUGAAAAUGAUGAAUAAUGUGACUGAAUUCAUCUUCCUGGGCCUGUUCCAGAAUCUGGCACUUCAAAAAUUUGCAUUUGCUGUGAUUUUAAUUCUCUACUUGAUCACCUUGGCGGGGAAUAUGCUCAUUAUGAUCACCAUCUGUACCAGUAGGGCCUUGGGAUCCCCCAUGUACUUCUUCCUGUCUUACUUAUCCCUUAUAGAUGGCUGUUUUUCUUCAUCUGCAACCCCUAAAAUGUUAGCUGACACUCUUUCUGUGAGAAAAACCAUUUCAUUUAGGGGCUGUAUGACUCAAGUCUUCAUUGAACAUCUUUUUGGUGCUGCUGAGAUCAUCCUGUUGACGGUAAUGGCCUUUGACCGCUACGUGGCCAUCUGCAGGCCCUUGCACUACGCCACCAUCAUGAACCACAGGCUAUGCAGUCUCCUGGUAGCAGUGGCCUGGACCGGAGGGUUUCUUCAUGCAACCAUUCAGAUCUUCUUCAUAAUCUGGCUGCCAUUCUGUGGCCCCAAUGUUAUAGACCACUUCAUGUGUGACUUGAACCCUUUGUUAAAACUUGCUUGCAUGGACACUCAUACGCUUGGUCUGUUUGUUGCUGCCAACAGUGGAUUUAUAUGCUUGUUAAGCUUUCUCAUCUUAAUGGUCUCCUAUGUGGUCAUCUUGCGUUCCCUAAGGAACCAUAGCUUGGAAGGGAGACGUAAAGCCCUCUCUACCUGUGUGUCUCAUAUCACAGUGGUUGUUUUAUUUUUUGUACCCUGUAUAUUUGUAUAUAUGCGUCCAGUGACUACCUUCUCCAUUGAUAAAGCUGUGGCUGUCUUUUAUGCAGUAAUUACUCCCAUGUUAAAUCCCUUAAUCUAUACUCUCAGAAAUGCAGAAGUGAAAAAUGCAAUGAAGCAGCUUUGGGUGAAAAAAGUGACUUCAACAGAGAAAUCAUGA